AAGCUCUAUCGGGGCGCGUCGUCGGCGGUCCCGCCAGUGCGAUAUCGCCUCUCGGCUAACGCGGAGGUAUCGCUGCUGGACACUCGUAUGGCGGUGCUCGCUCGAGAACGCGCGGGUGUACUCCGCGUAAACGCGCGCUGCGGAAACGCGUAAGUGUGCCUCCGCGAAGGAAGAAGAGGUCGAAGUGUCACGCAGACGAGGAGACAGGAAACGGAGGUGGAAUAAAUAAACGAGAGUAUGUCACAAUCAUGAUUCAAGUUGAAAACGAUCCAGAAGAGAGUUCAGCAGCUCGGCUGUCCUGUAUACACUGUAUACAACGGUGACAGAGCUGUACACGUAUAAAUCAGCAUGGAUAUACAGAAGAAAUUUCUGUGCCCCCGACUGGUGGAUUAUCUCGCCAUUGUAGGGGCCAGGAUGCCUGCUGCCUCUCGUCAGCCCGUACAGGUCCCGGAGUUAUUACGCAGAUAUCCUGUGGAGGAUCACAAGGACUUUCCUCUGCCUCUGGACAUGGUGUACUUCUGCCAACCAGAAGGUUGCAGCAGCGUGGGACCAAAACGCACGGCCUUGCGAGAGGCGACAUCGUUCACUUUCACCCUCACCGACAAAGAUUCAGGAAAAACGCGUUACGGGAUCUGCGUGAAUUUUUAUCGACCUACGGAAAGAGCGGGGCUUGCGGCUGGCGGGGGAAUUGCGAUGAAGAGAGAGAAGUACAACACCACGUUUCGAAGGGAAAGCUGGAGGAAGAGCAUGGAAAGAAGCACGGACUCCGCUUUUUCUAGCGACUAUAGGAGCAGUGCAGUAGGUCCUAGUGAUUCUGAAAGAGAUUGCCCCAGCAGUAGAAGAGACUCGGACACCCCGCAGGUUCCCCAUGCUCCAAGACUGGACAUUAUUGCACCGAGUGGAGACAGCGAGAGCGGCGGCAGUCAUUCCCCAUCGCCACGUGCUUCUCGAAGACGUCAAAGAGUUCGCAAUUAUUCUUUGACUUCGCUGUGCAUCAUAUCGCAUCAUCCGUUUUUCACGAUGUUUCGGGAGUGUCUUUUCGUUCUGAAGAAAAUCAUUGACGCGUGCAAUGAAAGUUUCUCGCCGCAAAAAGUGGGAGCUUCCCGGCAAACGAACAGCACCUCUCGUUACAGAGAUACAGUGUGGAGCGUUUUGACGGGCCAAGCUCUGGGAGACACGCCGUCUAUCGUGCUUCAUGACGUUCGUGAAAUCGAAACGUGGAUAUUGCGUUUGCUGAGCAGCCCCGUGCCCGUCCCAACAAAAACGCGCGUUGAAAUUGAAAUAAUAUCGCCAAACCUGCAACCCCCACUGUGUUUCGCUCUGCCGGACCAUACGAGGUUCACCCUGGUCGAUUUUCCUCUGCAUCUUCCGUUGGAGCUACUAGGCGUCGAUAUAUGUCUGAAAGUCCUCACGCUGAUCCUCUUGGAGAAUAAGAUCGUGCUUCAAUCCCGCGACUACAAUGCCCUGUCGAUGUCCGUUAUGGCAUUCGUUACAAUGAUCUAUCCAUUGGAGUACAUGUUUCCCGCGAUACCUUUGCUACCCACGUGCAUGAGUUGUGCCGAGCAGUUACUGCUUGCGCCGACGCCCUUCGUGAUCGGAAUACCCGCAUCCUUUUUGCUAUACAAGAAGAACUUCAAUAUGCCUGACGAUAUCUGGCUGGUGGACUUGGACAGCAAUAAAAUAACGGCGCCAAGUUCAUUAUGUGACGAUAGUCUGCCACCGCUACCAGAACCAGAAGGCACUAUCUUGAAGAAUCAUCUGAAGCAGGCAAUGCAACUGAUGGAUCAAGUUGGCUCUAGUGCAAUGGCAAGCAUGACGGGUCCUCCAUUACCAUUACAAGACACCUCACCGCGCCUUUCCUUUCAAGCACCGAGUAGGAGAGAAAGCACGGCGUCGCAUCAUUCCACUUUAAGUGUAGCUUCAACGAAGCACAGACCGAGUAUCGAUCAUCACGCACACAUUCAACACACUCCGUUGAACUCGCCGAGCAUGAGCUCGUCGUCGAGUCCGCCGCGUCGGUCAUCGGUGUCUCAGUCGAUCGGGGGAGCUGGAUCAGUAGGACCUAGGACGCCCGGCCAGAGUCCGGCGCCCUUCAACCCUUUCAUCUAUGGGAAUGAUGUGGAUUCCGUGGACAUCGCUACACGGGUGGCCAUGGUGCGGUUCUUCAACUCGCAGAAUUUGCUAGCCAAUUUCACCGAGCACACGCGCACCCUGCGGCUGUAUCCCCGGCCAGUGGUGGCUUUCCAAAUCAACUCAUUCCUUCGUUCGCGGCCCAGAAAGAGCAGUUUCUUGAACAGAUUCGCGCGUACUCAGGCGGUCGAGUUUUUGGCCGAAUGGUCGCUCACGCCGAGUAACGUGGCCUUCCUCCGGGUGCAGACGGGUGUGUUCGACCCCGCGCAAAUCGGCGAUAAGCCACGAUGGUACGCGACCAAUCUCGAACCGAUCUACUUCCCUGUAUGGGACUCCGGCAGUUCGCUGGCAAAUGCUCUGAAGGCGAUGAGAGAGCAUGAAAGUCAACCCACCGACGAGAGCGGCUCCGACUCCGAAGGUGCCGAGAGUACAAGUUCCUCUUAUUCCUCUCUGAGCGAUUUUGUUUCUGAGAUGGCAUCGUCGGAUCUGUCACCGGGUUACAGCUGUCCACAAGUGAGCCAACCCCAAAUGUCGCUUUCGGUGGAUCCGAAGAAUGUCUACAAUCCUCCGAGUUCCUUACAAUAUCCAGGAGUGGAGGAGGAUUCACCAGUACGACCCGAGAGCCCACCGAGUACUUCUUCUAGUCACAGUGAUCUGAGUAGUCCGAGCUUUAACAGGGACUCCGAGCUCGAAUUAAAUCCAAAAGUUCACGAGGGUUCGCAAUCUACUAAUGAUAAAGAGGAGGGUGGUAGCUUUGAGUCAGACUCCGCGUCGACAAUAACACCGCGCACAAUCCUGAGCGCACAAAGUUCGGUAGGACAAUUCACAGGGAUAAGCAUGGGAUCUUUAGGCACUCAAUCUUCGCUCAACGACACUGAACGUCCUGCCACUCCUCACAGGACUUCGCGUAUCAGUAGAUAUGUCACUCCUGUUCCACCCACUGGACCAGGUCUACAACGUCAGCCAAGUGUCGGCAACGUCUUGGCUAGAGCCUCCAGCUUCAACACCGUCGGACCUCUUUUGCCGCGACAGAUAAGCGCUACCGCCGAUCAUCAUCACGAAGUAACGGUGCAGCUUCAGCGCCAGGCAUCGGCGGGAGCAACGGUCACGCAGAAAUCAAGCGACGACAAAACGGUGCAACGACAAAACAGCGGCGGUAGUACCACUGCCACCGGAAAUGGUGUUCUGCGACAGGGCUCGCAAGGCUCGCUGUUCGAGCAGAUCGCCAGCCAGGCAAAGGACUUGGUGCGCGAAACAACUAGGCAGAGCAGUCAAGACGGGUUGCUCGCACACAUGGACAAGCUUAAGCAUCAGGCGAAAGAGAAGAUUACAGAGGCAGGCGAAGACAGCUUAUUUGCGCCGCUAGAGCAAUUGACGCUGCAAACUAAGAAAGCGAUGGGCGAAGCCACCAAGUCCGUGCAGGAGGUGUCGAAGACAGCGUUGGAGGCGAGCAAGACUGCAGCGGGCGUCAGCAAGAAUACAUUGGACGAUCUGACGUAUGUGGGCAAGAGCACAUUAGGUGACCUGACGAAAAGUGCGAAGGAAGUCGCCGCGAAGAAAGGCUUACUCAAGAGUCUCGGAGAGUCGCAACAAUCGCCAGUACACUCUCCAUCGUCUCCCAAUGUAACACAGCCGCGAAAAGAGUCGGUCAGUAAUCAACUGGUCGCAUCGGACACGCGGGGCGGCGUCGGCCGGGAUUUCUUCAGCAAUAUUAGUAGUGAUUUAAACGGUUUCGCUGCGCAGACUAGCAGUAUGUUCAGUGAUUUAUUCGGUAGUAAAAAUAGUUCUAGUCGAGGCAGUAGCUUCUUCCCGCAAAAUCAGAAGUCGAAAGAGAAGAGCAAUCCGAUCCUUGGACCAUUUCCUAAAGUUGCAGCGAAAACGGGAUUGGUAGAGCGUUCCUCGUUGAUAAAACAUUCUACGCAUAAAGUUAAUCAGGAAGAUGCGCAGAGAAUGCAAAACGCGGAACGUUCUAGCACAAAUAGUGACAAUCAAGCCUUUUUGAACGAUGUUGUAACGCAAGUCUUGUCCGGGGAAGGUGUUGGUUGGCUCAAAUUGAACAGAUUGAAGAAGCUGAUGGAAGACGAAAACUAUCGGGAUCUGGUCGUGACGAAACUGAAUAAAGGUCUCAGUAGGAAGAUCAGUCCGGAUGAUCACAUUGACGAUGUGGCCAUAUCGAAACCCGUAUACAAGGGAAUGCUAAAGUGCCUUCAAGCAGUGACGCAUGGUCUCGCGCAUACAUAUAAUAAUUUUGGACUAGGCGGAAUGGCUUCUGUCUUCCAACUGAUGGAAAUCGCUCACACGCACUAUUGGAGCAAAGAUCUAUCCGGGGAGGGUGGUUUCGACAGUUCUUUGAUGUCACAGGCGUCCAGCCCAUUCGGUAGUAGGGAAAACUUAAAAUCUCCGCAAUCUCCGAAUCAGCCUGAGUUCACGGAUACCACGCAAAAAACAGAACUGCCGCAAGUGCAUUUGGACACGCCGCAAGGACCACCGACAGCAGACACGGGUCAAUCGACAACGGACAUGUUUCUGGAUAUGUUCACGAAGAAAGGGAAAUUUCUAAGCAAGCUCACUUCAUUUGACUCCGAGAGUGGGCGGGGUGGUGAAACGGGAAGCAGCGAAGCUUUAUCCACAGACGGAGGUAGCAUUAUCACUAAUCCUGCUUUUCGGCAAGCGCACCAAGCUUCCUUCCGAAGCACUGUGUCUGAUAGCGAGGUCGAGCAAGGCAAUUUUCCCCGGCAAGGCAAGCAACGUUCCGGGAGCGUCUGGUCUAGCAAAUCAUCUCUGAGUACCGGAUUCCGAUACCACGGCGGAAGUUUAGUACCCACUACAGCGUUACCGAGUCCGGAAUCCGCGAGAACAUAUCUUUUCGAAGGUCUAUUAGGAAAGGAGAGGUCGCUCCUCUGGGACGAAAUGCAAUUCUGGGAGGAUGCAUUCUUGGAUGCCGUUUCACAAGAACGUGAUAUGAUGGGUAUGGAUCAAGGCCCCGGGGAAAUGGUAGAAAGAUACAAGAGUUUAAGCGAAAGCGAAAGGCGGCGAUUGGAGCACGAGGAAGAUAGACUACUAUGCACUCUCCUGCACAAUCUCACUGCUAUCCUGGUGAUGUUAAAAGUCGACAAGAACGAACUGAAGCGAAAGGUGCGCAGGUUGCUGGGCAAGAGUCACAUCGGCCUCAUCUACAGUCAAGAAUUGAAUCAACUUCUCGACCAAAUAAAUAAUCUCCAUGGAAACGACAUUGAUUUGAAGCCUUUGACGUCACGACAAAUGCACCGACAGUCGUUUACUGUGCAUUCGGGGGUCGACGCCGAGGGUGAGCUGCGGUUCCUCGAGGUUCGCCACGACGGUCUCGUGCUGAGAUCGGUAAAUGGUGUAAUAGUUGAACGCUGGUGGUAUGAACGCGUUGUUAAUAUGACAUAUAGUCCGAAAAACAAGGUUCUAUGCUUAUGGAGGAGGAGCGGCGGCGAUACCGAACUUCAUAAAUAUUACACUAAGAAGUGUAAGGAUGUGUACUACUGCAUAAAAGACGCUAUGGAGAAGGCAGCGGCUCGCGGGCGGGGCACGAACGUGGGCUACGAGCUCGGCGGCGAGUUCCCCGUGCAAGACAUGCGAACGGGCGAGGGUGGGCUCCUGCAGGUUUGCAUGGAAGGCGUCGGUCUCCUCUUCGCAAACAGCAAGUUUCUUGUCCCGUCCAUCGACAUUGCCCCGCGGCUGGGCAAACAGGAUUUCGAGGCCAUCUCCAGAGUUGCCUGCCGCUAUAUAUCGCUGACGUUGCUGCCGCUACUGCUGCUGCUGCUUGCUGCCGCUACUGCCGUUAGGUCUUGCUUAGAAGCUGCAAAUAUGCUGAGAUUGCGACAUGAUAGAAUGAGAUGCAUGUUUUUUGUAAGACUCGAUCAUAUCCGCAAGUGCUUUACUCAAAAGGAUGGAAUCUUUGUUUUGGAAGAAUUCAAUCCUAAAACUAGACAAGUAAUUCAACGUAAAUAUAAGUCACAAAUGGCAUCUGAUAUCUGCUACGCUGUCAUCUGUGUGUUCUCUUACGUGGCUGCCGGAUCGGAGCAACGAAAACAGCAACAGCAUCCGCAACAGCAAUCACAGCAACAGCCACAACAGCCACAACAGCCACAACAGCCACAACAGCCACAACAGUCACAACAGCAACAACAGCCGCAACAGCAGCCGCAAUCGCAGUAUACGCCGCAUCAACAACGUCAGCACUCACACCAGCUUCAGCUUCAACAGCAACAGUUGCAGCAGCAACAGCAAUCUCGGUAUCCCAAUGUAACGUCGCAGACGUACAGAAACCCACAACCCAACAAGGAUCCUCAUCCUCGUCAACACUGACAAAGGCAAAGGCACUCGCUUCCCUUUGUCCACACCAUCCACAGCAAGAAUAGCUGCGCUCCUUACGCCUGUCUACCUUGGGUAUAAACGUGCUAUCUCUUUUUCUCUCUCCAGAAAGUUUAAUUUAAGGAUUAUACUCGAAUAAUGGGCAAGAUAAUGGCGUGACACACGUAUACAUACAUAUACAUUCCGUUUUUCAGAGAAGCUCAGUUCUGUUUCUUCGCGCAUAAUAAAUAUCGCAUGAGCACUCUCUCUUCCUUCCGCAAGUAAAUUUAUUAGCAAAGAAUCGUUGUAAAAAAAACCCAAGAGUACGAAAAGAGUUCUGUCUAUUCUUACCACGUGCUCAUCGAUUGUCCACGCAGAUAUUUAUUCGGAGUCACGUAGCGUUGCGUCGAUGUGAUAGCUAUAAUGGCAUUCUUCUAUUCGUCUUACACGCGGGCGCGCGUGUAUGCGUCUUACCUAAAGCAAUUAAAUACAAUAAAUAUAUUUGUAACUGGCGGCACGAUUUUAUAUGAUUACGCCAUGACACAGAUUGCAAAUGUGAUCGUUCGUGCUUAGAAGGAGCAAAGAUUCAUUUUGGCUCAUCGUAUAGACGGAAUAAGUAAUCGAUUGGUAAAUGCCAAUCUACAAGAUUUCUCGCUAACUCUGGACUGUCGCUGUUGUUCUUAGGUUGAUAUUGGAACUUCGUAACAAUGGAAUGAAAUAAAUUACAACAGGUAGCUCCCUUCGUUUGCUAUCUCGUUCUUUUGCAUUUAUGAUCAAGUCCUGCCAAUGAUUUAUAUUUCAUUUUACUUGAAUGUGAAAUAUUAGCGAAAAAUAUCAUGUGUAGGUAUAGAAAAACAUAAUAUCGCGUAUUCUCUGUCUCAAGUGAAUCAAAGUGGUCAUUAUUUUGUACGGUUUCGACUACAGAAAAGAUAUAUCUCUCUCGAUAAGUCAUCGAGUAUUUUAGGGUACAUGUAAUGUCCCGUAAAAGUGAGAUAGUAUUAUGUAUAAUGUAUUAAAUACAAUUCUGUACAAUAUUCUGAAGCCAAAAUGGUAUCUGCGAAAAACGCUGUGAAAGUUUACACUCUGCGUUUUCCUAUAUGACUGGUACGAACUCGUUAGUUAAACAUAUGUAGCAGAAACUGUAACAGCGACAAGUACGUAAGUAUCAGAAGCGCGAUUGCGAUAUUCGGAAUCGGCAUUAAGUGACGUUUUUUCCACGAGAAUUUUUAUUGUAGCUUUCGUUCUCUUGUAUAUUUUUCGAUAUCCAUUGCGUUAAACGCACGUUAAUUACGUAAAUUAGACGAACGACCAGCCUAGAAGAGAUGUGUAUGUACAUACACUAGUCGCGUACUCAGCGUGAAAUAAACGUCAUACAGAUGUCAGAAGAAAUGAUAUAUUUUCUUGCAACGAGAGAAGCAUAUAGAUAUUUGUAAAAAGGAAUACGAUUUGUAAAUAACAAUCGGCGAUCCAGCAAGCAGUACGAACAGGCGUGAGCCGCCCUUUUUUGUUUCCCUUUAAUACAAUUAUAUAAUAUAUUCGUAGGGCUCAUUUGCUGAGCUAGAAAAAAGUGGAGAAACUCCUAGUGAGAAGGUAUAUUCUCUUCUAAACAACUGAAAGGAAAAACACAUGUACACACACUAUCCUUCGUACCAAAUUUGUCUGCCUAAAUCCCGAUGUUUAGAAGCUCGUCGUCAAUGCCACGUUUUAAACGACACGUCGGCUGACCAUUGUCAUUUCGAAAUAUAUCACGGUUAUGCGAUGAUAGAAAAACCUUACACUCCUAGAAGAGAAAUUAAUACCUCGCAUUGUAUAGUAUUCAUCCAUGUAGACGCCUUAUGCCCAAAAUAUACUUGUAACCAAAUCGA